GUUGAUUCUUAUCUCAAUUUCUUAGGAUCUUAAGAUUGAAAGUGAUAUUCAAGAACCAGCUGAACCAGAGGAUGACCUUGACAUUAUGCUUGGCAAUAAAAAGAAGAAAAAGAAGAAUGUUAAGUUCCCAGAUGAGGAUGAAAUACUAGAGAAAGAUGAAGCUUUAGAAGAUGAAGACAGCAAAAAAGAUGAUGGUAUCUCAUUCAGUAACCAGACAGGUCCUGCUUGGGCGGGCUCAGAAAGAGACUACACAUAUGAGGAGCUACUGAAUCGAGUAUUCAACAUUAUGAGGGAAAAGAAUCCAGAUAUGGUUGCUGGAGAGAAAAGGAAAUUUGUCAUGAAACCUCCACAGGUUGUCCGAGUAGGAACAAAGAAAACUUCUUUUGUCAACUUUACAGAUAUCUGUAAACUAUUACAUCGUCAGCCCAAACAUCUCCUUGCAUUUUUAUUGGCUGAAUUGGGUACAAGUGGUUCUAUAGAUGGUAAUAAUCAACUUGUAAUCAAAGGAAGAUUCCAACAGAAACAGAUAGAAAAUGUUUUGAGAAGAUAUAUCAAGGAAUACGUUACCUGUCACACGUGCCGAUCACCGGACACAAUCCUGCAAAAGGACACCCGACUCUAUUUCUUACAGUGCGAAACUUGUCAUUCUCGAUGCUCUGUUGCCAGCAUCAAAACCGGCUUCCAGGCUGUCACAGGCAAGCGAGCACAGCUCCGUGCCAAAGCUAACUAAUUGGCUGGCCACCACUGAUUUUGCAAAGUGUGUUGUGGAGAUUUGGCUGGACAGGUUUACCAUCAGAGUGGACCUACCACUGUAUUAAAAAACAAGAUAGAAAAGCUGCCAGGUUCUUUGGCGUGUGGCUGGUUGGUCUGAAAUCCUUGCAAGAUGCCAAUGCUCAAGCUGUUGACAUACUCAUUGCCUACUUAAACAACUGUCAGAAAAAUGUGAUGGGGUAAGGCGGUGCUUUUUUAAAAUCGUUCAUAGACUUAUGUAAAAUGCAAGAUAAAUUAAAGUUAUUAUAACAGUGAUCCUUUCAAUUUGCUUUGUCCUUCAGUUUUCUAUAAAAAUUAUGCUUAAUGAAUUCAGCAAAAACAGUUGGUGCCUGGCCUCUGGUGAGGUCUCUAUAUCCUCAUCCUGAGAAACCAGCCAUUGGCAGGUGCUUCAGCUGGACAGCUGUUUGUCUUCUCAGCUUGUCUCGAGAUAAAGCUUCACGUGAGAGGGUGGUUGGAACAGGAGAUCUGGGAGGACAGCCUGUUUUCAGUGUCCAGGGAAAGAUUACAUAGAUUAUUUGAAUUCCUUUACUUAUGUGAGGAUUGUUGCUACUACCUCACUGCCAAGUCCUCCAGCUGUUACCACGUGAGGGGAACACAAGGUGCUGGGUUCCCUCCCUCCCUCCCUCCGAAUUUUUCUUUCUUAUACUGGCCACUAAAAAAAAUCUUAGAAAUAAAGUCUAAGUAGGUCUUGUAACCAGCACACUGAGAAAAACCCUAGUUGGGCGUCUGUUGGUGAGGAAGCAGUGCGGCAUGUCGUACCACACAGAACUGAGCAAACUAUGAUGCUAGAGAAAGCUUUUCUUUUCCCCAGCUUCAGUUCUGGGUUUGAAAAGACCCACUACAAAUGCUUUUCUGUUUCCUAUAUUAAAAGUAGCUUCAGUGUGACCAUGAGAAACCAAGAGGUGAUGGUGCUCUUGGUGCCUCGAGUUCUGCCAGCUGAUGAUCUGGCUGAAAGGCUGUUUCUCCCUUCAGCACACAGGGAGAAAGAUCAUUUCAUGUGUUUGCUGUGAUCUGCCUAGCACAUGACGGUAAGGGCAUAACGCUGCUCCUCACAGUCUCGAUGGCUAAGUGGCCCCAGGAGCCAUCGCUCAGCCCUCAAUGUCUUAACCAUGUUUUUUUUAAUCACUGUGACUCUUAAAGUACAGGCCAAGUGUUGGCCAUGAAGUGCUGGACGGAGCAGAGUAGCCCCUCGACCCAGUAGGUCCCAGGGAGACCACACACUGGCUGAGCUGCCACCACUGCCCUGAUGAACUCAACUGUUUAUGAUGCCGUCUUUUUUGUUAUCUACGCCCACACAAUUCCCAGUGUCCGAUGUUACUACGUGAAUAAAGCAAGGAUUAGUGCCUCUUGUGUAA